UAUGCUCAAAGCCAUGACUUCAAAUCGUUGCUGGAUCGCAGUGGCCAUCGUUUGCCUGAUGGGAGUGGCAGCUCAAGCCGGUCCCGAUUUUAGGACCAAGCGGGAACAGUAUGACCACAGCAAGCAAAUGUGCGGCAAGAUUCUUCGGACGCCGGCUGCCGACUUGGAGCACUACCUCCGUUCGGAUUAUCCGGAAAGUCACGACACGGCCUGCUUCAUACGGUGUGUUUCCAUCCUGAAUGGGGGAUACGAUGAUGAGACGGGAGUGAACAUGGGUGUGCUGUUCGAGACCUACGGAGGAAGUUUGACCAAGGAGGAAUACGCCGAUGAAGCAAAGGAAUGCCUAGCGUUGCGGGACGAGGUCGAGUGCUACUGCAUGAAGGCGUACAAACCGAUUCUGUGCCUGAAGGAGCAGUUCAAGAAGCGGAAUGUGUUGUAAACAGAAGACUGAAUAACCAAUUAGUUGAUUGUUGAAUAAAUGAGUUCAAUAGGAA